UCUGUACGAUGAAGAGAAGUCAGGUGUAGUUAGAUGAAAUGUCAGAGCGUAACGAACCCAGCAUUUCCUCAAAUAACGUUACUUGACACGUAAACUAAAGGUGGAAAAAUAGAAGUUUUCAUACAACUUUUGUAUAAGAUCGUUAAAUAUGGCUCGUUAUUUUCGAGAAGAGGAUAUAGAUGAAUUUAGAGAGUGCUUCUACUUGUUCGCGAGAAAUGGACACAUACGUACAUUAGAUGAACUUACUAUCAUUAUGAGAUCAUUGGGGUUGAGUCCCACCAUCGCAGAGCUAAAUAAGUACCUAAAGGAUAAAGGUGGAAAAAUGUCCUUUGCUGAUUUUUUAGAAGCGAUGCAUCUACAAACUAGAGCAGAAGACCUUCCAAAAGAAGUGAUAGAAGCUUUCCAAGCAGCAGAUAAGUUUCGUAGUGGCACUAUACCUGCUCGACAAUUGGCUCACAUGUUGCUCCAUUGGGGUGAACAAUUGAGCACCAAAGAAGUGGAGCAGAUUUUUAGGGAAGCUAAUGUUUCUCCAAAUGGACACGUUAAGUAUGAAGAUUUUGUGAAAAUAGCUUGUGCACCUGUACCUGAUUACUAUUAAGAACGAUUUAUAUAUUUUUCGAAUGACAUUUUUAUAAAACAUUUAUAUUUACACUCGCCCAGAGUCCCUAAAUUCUUAUC